AUGAAAGGUUUAGCUCGGGGGCAUUGCUGGUGGCCAAAUAUUAGCCACGACAUUGAAAAUUUAGUUAAAAGUUGUGAAUUGUGCCAAAGUGUCAGAAAUAAUCCAAACGUAACCGAAAAACAUGUUUGGUGGCCUGAGGUCUACAUUGUUAAAAAUAUGUUAGCAGAUACAACGAUAAAUAUUUGUAAGGAGGUUUUUGCAAGAUUCGGAAAUCCCUCAGUACUUGUAUUUGAUAAUGGUCGAACCUUUACUUCCAACGAUUUUAAAAAUUUUUUGAAGGAAAACGGCAUCACUCAUAAAUGUACAGCGCCUUACCACCCUGCCACCAACGGUCAAGCUGAAAAAUUCGUACAAACUAUAAAACUAGCGCUAAAAAAAUGUAAGAGUACACAAAAUUUACAAGCAGAUUUACAAAAAAUCCUAGCUCAAUACCGAACGAUGCCUCACACAGGCACAGGCGUGACGCCGGCAGAACUACUUUUCGGUAGGCAAAUUAGGUGUAAACUCGACUUAUUAAAACUGCCUGAAAAUCAUAAGUACCAAGAUGUAAACGUGGAUAAAAAGUGCAAAAAGUUUGAAAUUGGAGAAAGAAAAGAGAUAGCCUUACUGGAGAAGUUUCUCAAGUACAUUGGUGUUUCAGGUCGCUGA